UUCCGGCUGGGGCUCUAUUAAAUCCGGUGUUUCAACUCCUUCUAAUAUUUUACGUGCCGCUGAAUUGCCUAUACUGUCCGAUGAUGUUUGUAAGCAGCCUCAUGUUUAUGGCGCCAGCUUGACUGAAGGCAUGUUCUGUGCCGGUUAUAUGGACGAGAGCGUGGAUGCUUGUGAUGGCGAUUCUGGUGGGCCGCUGAUUUGUCAUGACGAGGAUGGUGAAACACUGUAUGGCAUAAUUUCAUGGGGACAACACUGCGGCUACGCAAAUAAACCGGGCGUAUAUGUGCGCGUCGAAAAAUAUGUGGAUUGGAUAAUGGACAAAAUUAAUUUUUCCAUACAAAAUGCUACAUAAUUAAGAAUGAACGUUUAACUCGAAAUGGAAAUUUAAUAUUUUUAUAAACAAUUUUUUAAUGUACAUAGAUACAUAGUGGUGUAAGUAGUACUAGAAUUUGUAUCAGACGUAGAUAAAAUAAAGGGAAAUCUAACAAA